CUAAAAAAAAGGUUGGACAGUUUAGGAUCGGUUUGAAAUUCGAAAAAUGCUGAAUGCGACUCAAGAAUAAACGGACGAACAUCGACCAAAUAGAUCACUUCGGUAAAGACAAUAUAGCAUUGAUCAUUUGCUCCUAUAUACUGCAGAACUAGACUUAGUGACCCGCGGGAAAAGGAAAGUUAGUUGGCUCUACCGCAUAGCAACGAAGGACGCACAAUAACAUACUUGCACCAUGGCAAAUGCGUCAUCGAAAGAGGUAUUUUCAGAUGUUACUCUCACUGUAGAUCCAAACACUUUCAUAGAGCCUAACCAGGUGAAGUACAUUCUCACUGAAUGUGGUAACCGUGUUACAGGAACCUUGCAUUACGAAGUGCAGGGAUCAUUUGAUGAAAUAGAGGACCUAUUUGUGAAGAUGUCAAGUCUAGACAGAUAUGUUGCCGCCCCCAAUCUCAGAGACAGUCCUCUUCGUCACCAACAGCGUCCUCGGUCACCUACUUCAGUGAAACCAGUGCCGAUAGUUGGAGUCGUUUGGGACUUUAUCCAACAGAGAUGCUCGGAGGAGCUGAAGAGAAUCCAAGGAGAAGACGUCUUAAUUCAUAAACCUGGUGACAAAAUGGUGGUGACCUUUCAAAGCCACAGAAAAGACCCGGUUCGGGUUCAUUUCGCCAGAGAGCGCUUUGUCACGUUCUAUCAGAGACUCGCUACAGAUCUGAAAGUGAAGACUUACAGAUUGGAUCCACAACACUACAAAAGCUUGCAGGGACAGUUUCCUGAACUUUUGAUUGAAGGAAGCCCCAGUAAAGACAACAUUACAGUGACAGGGCGCUAUAUACAUAUUGUGCUUUUGGAGGAUUUUCUACGGCACUCUUCCAGCUCCGCCGUGACAUCACAACGACCCCUGACACCCCAGAGAGUUAGCGACCGAGCCUCUGGUACUACGCGCAACAAGCAGUCGGACGAGGAAGAAGAGUCAUGUCCGAUUUGUCUGUACCCCAUUAAAGAGAACACAAAGAAGACGUUGAAAUGUAAACACUCGUUCUGUAGAGGCUGUCUGGAGCAGGCGUUCAAGACCAAACCUGUCUGUCCAACCUGUGGGGCAGUCUAUGGGGAAUUGAAGGGGACGCAGCCAAAUGGCGGUACAAUGACUGUUACUAAGGAAAGAUCUUGUUUGUCUGGAUAUGAGACGUAUGGAACAAUCGUGAUUCAGUACCACAUUCCAAGUGGAAUACAGACGGAGGAGCAUCCCAACCCGGGUCAGACUUACCGUGGUGCAUCACGUACAGCGUAUCUCCCAGAUUCCUCAGAGGGUAGGAAUGUUCUGGCUCUCCUGACCAGGGCCUUCGACCAGCGACUCACGUUCACUAUUGGCCGAUCUUCCACCACAGGCAUGGAAAACAUGGUCACGUGGAACGAUAUCCACCAUAAAACCUCCAGAAGCGGAGGCACCAGUUGCUAUGGUUACCCUGACCCUGACUACCUGAGACGUCUACAGGAUGAACUGAAGGUCAAAGGAAUCUAUUGACAUCUCGUCUGCAUGUCUCGCAACAACCGAUAUGCAAGAAUGAAGAAAAAGAGGUCACGAAUACAUGUGGUACACACAGCUGCUUUCGGGUAACUCUUGUGUUACUGAUAUUACAUUUGUUAAAUCAGGAUUGUUACGUUCCCCAACAAGAAAACCAAAUAAUAUCACUGAAACAGAAGAGGAACUUAACAGUCACUGAUAAUCGGAACAAAACAGGUUUUUAGGAGGGGUUCUGGAAGACACUCAUGGGCGUGUACACUGAGAGUUGACUAGCAUCAACAACUGGAAAACUAACGAACCCACCGUACUAACGACACCCACCGUACUAACGACACCCACCGUACUAACGACACCCACCAUGAGCGCCCACUAGAUCUGCCCGAGAAGAGGCAAACAAAAGGCCACACCAAACUUAAAGACAGAGAAACAAAACAAAAAGAUGAGCAAAACAAAACAAAAAACAGGGAAAAUCAGACAAAGGAAUGUUUGUGUAGAAGUCACACAGGGAGCGCCAACUAAACGGUGUUAACCCUCCACAUCUCUCAAGACAACCAGAGCACUGGGCUAGCCACUCUUAAAUAUCACCUGGGCCAGCACAGGUCAAACAUCUUACCACUAACGAGACGGCAACCAGCAUAAGUGUAACACAUACGAACGAGGUGACACCACUCGGUGCUGAAAAAACAAACCUUGACCAAAAUUGUAUUUGUAGGCUACCACUCAAAAGAAAACAACACUAAGAAAUACACUGAGUUUAAGAUGUAAUAAAAUAACAAAAUAAUAAUCCCAUUCCCUCCCCCCAUCUCCAUCCAACUCCCACUUACAGAAACCAUUCUGAGUAAAGAAAUUAACAAAUUGUGGUUUCUCAGCAAGUUUUAAUUUAUUGAACAUAAACAAGUACAUAAGCUACUAUUUUCAUAACUUGUAAAAAAGCCCCAAAAAGCUGAAUUCAUUUGCAGAAUAAAGAAAAAGCCAUAAAAACUCAAUACAGAAAAUAUUUGGCCUUCUUGUUGUGAUAUUCAGUAUGUAUUGUUAUAUUACCAUUAAUUCAUGUCUAUAAGGCACCAAAUGCUAAGUAGCAUAAUAACAUAAUACUU